GACUAAUAUUGCAUCACCAUUGAAUUAAGCUAUAGCUUCAACAAACAUAUAUAGUGAUGGAGGCACCAAAGAUGGGAGCAGCGGCCGCCAUUGCUGUGCUGGUGGCGGCGGUGCUGGCCAUGGCGGUGAUGGCGCAGAACUCGCCGCAGGACUUCGUGGACCUCCACAAUGCAGCGCGCCGCGUGGAGGGCGUCGGCAAGGUGGUCUGGAACAAGACCGUGGCGGCGUACGCGGAGAGCUACGCGUCGAAGCGCGCCGGCGACUGCGCCUUGAUCCACUCGGGGAGCUGGGAGAAGGCCGGGUACGGCGAGAACCUGUUCAACAGCAGCGACGGCCGCUCGAUGGCGGCGGACGCCGUGAACGCGUGGAUGAGAGAGAAGAGCAAGUACGACUAUGACAGCAACAGCUGCCGAGGGAAGCGGGACUCGUGCUUCCACUACACGCAGGUGAUGUGGAGCCGCACGAGGGCGAUCGGCUGCGCUCGCGUCGUCUGCAACAACAGCGCCGGCGUCUUCAUCAUCUGUAACUACUACCCCUCCGGCAACUUCCCGGGAGAGCGCCCCUUCGUGCGUGCCUUAACACUCUCUGCUUAAUUAAUUCAUAAUUAACGCAGCCGUGUAUCUCUACACACACAC